GGAGUGUUCACUCUCCCUCCACAAGUAUGGCAACGUCUGCGCAGUAUAGACAACUUAUAAAUGACUACGGGCCCCCCUCUCUAGGCUACACACAAGGGAUGCAGGGUACCAGCAGCAGUCAAGUACCGCAGAGCAAAUACGCAGAACUUCUAGCUAUCAUAGAAGAGUUAGGAAAAGAGAUUAGACCCACUUAUGCUGGGAGCAAAAGUGCCAUGGAGAGACUAAAAAGAGGCAUUAUCCAUGCUAGAGGGUUAGUCCGGGAAUGCCUGGCUGAGACGGAACGAAACGCAAGGUCCUAGCCCACUGAUCCAGUUGCAAGAUCUUCCAUCUCUUACUGAAGAAAAACUAACACUUGUUCCUUUUGACUCUUGAAACAUUCAGACAAAUUCCUUUAUUUUGAAUGUUUUACCUUUCUGGUUUUGCUCUGACAAAAAAUGUAUAGUUAAGAAAGAGAAAACAAGGAUUUUUCAACUUCCUGAGGGUUUGCAUUUUGUAAAGAGGUUAAAACUCCCUAAAACAUUUCUAAACCAGGAAGACUGAACUGCAUGCAGAGGAAUGUUCUUUCUCUUCCAGCCUAUAUUUCAGUUCUCUUCUUAUCCAGCCACAGUUCCAUUCUGUUUUGCUUUUUUUUUUCCUUUGACUAUAUUCACUUAACCCCAAACCAUCAAUCUUUUAAAGUUUGACACAAGCUCUAAGGAUUUUUGUUACUAACUGCAGAAUAGCAUGUUGUGCCUCGUAGUCUGCUAAGUCACAGUUUGUCAUACAGCCUAGACCCUGCUUAGAAACAACCUCCCCCUCCUCUUUAUUUUUCCUUUUUCGUUCAUUUUGCAUAAACAUUUGCAUGACUGUUAGUGCUUUGAAGUCCAUUUAAAGUGCAUGAGUUAUAUGGAAAACAGGGAAACCUAUUAAGUAAUAACAAGGUCCUGGAAAGCUAAUUUCUACAUUAAGGCUGGAGAUUUCAGUUUAAAGUUUGCCAAAAAAAAAGGAAAAAAAAAGAAAAAAAAAAAAAGAAAAUUCUGGAUAAAUUACUAAAACUGUUAUUUGCAUCUUUGUAUGUAUUUAUUACUUGACGUAAUAAAGCUUAUUUUCAUUAACAAUUUGUAUUAAAA